UUGUCAUUGUUUAUUUGUCACAGGACAAAAUUUCAAUCGUUUCCAGUAUUUUCCUUAUGAGAUUUAAAUUAAAAACCUUUAAAACUGGUCCUUUGAGUAUAAAAUAUCAUCGCAAUUUGUGCUACAAAAAUUUCGCUACUUUCAGCUUGUAAUAUACCCCUACAACUACUUUAUGUUAUACAAGAUCGAUUUUUUGUGAUGUGAUUUUUAAAUAUUUUUUAAGUAAUGAAAAUGAAUUUUCUUCUUGGAAUAAGUCUUUAUAUCUGCCUUAUAGUAGGAUGUUACGCCUCAGGAGAAGAUAUAGCUCUCGAUGCCAAGGCCACAUUAUUACAUCGUAUAGAUAGUUUAAACCUACUUAUUUAUACUUGUCUUCUAACACUUACUGUACUCACUAUUUGGGUAUUUAAACAUCGCCGUGUGAGCUGGCUCCACGAAACUGGUCUCGCUGUUAUAUAUGGUCUCAUUGUUGGUGCAAUCAUUCGCUAUGGUGCCAGCACAAAUCAAGUUACCUACAUUGAUGCCAUGCCCGCUGCAGAUUCCACCUACAAUUUGUCUGUACCUCCAGAUAUGCUACGUUUUCAUUUUCCUAACAAGAUGGAAACAUCUGCAGAAGGUAUUACUGUGCCAAAUAAAACUUAUGCAUACAGCUUCAGAGGUGAGAUAGUGAAUGUGGCACAAAAUGAAAUUGAUUUGAAAGCAACAUUUGAUCCGGAGAUAUUUUUCAAUAUAAUUCUACCUCCUAUUAUAUUUCAUGCUGGAUACUGCCUAAAAAGGAAAUAUUUCUUCCGCAACCUGGGUGCGAUAUUAACGUUCGCUAUGGUGGGAACAGCACUCUCGGCGCUCGUUAUUGGCUCUCUAAUGUACGGUUGUGUGCAACUCAUGCCCAAGUCAUUAGCGGCAAGCUUCACCUUCCUGGAUACUUUGUACUUCGGAGCAUUGAUAUCACCCACCGACCCACUCACUGUGCUCGCUAUAUUCUCACAACUUAAGGUUGACGUUAAUUUAUAUGCAAUGAUAUUCGGAGAGAGUGUUCUUAACGACGCAGUGGCCCUAGUACUAAGCGGAGCCAUCCAGAAUUACGAGAAGAGAUACUCAAAUGACGGCGGCUUCGAGAUCACUGCCUUUCUCGGUGCAAUCGGAGACUUUAUUGGAAUAUUCAGUCUGUCUCUCCUCAUCGGUGCACUGAUGGGCUGCUUUACCGCAUUGAUGACAAAGUUCACUCACGUACGGGACUGGCCGCUGCUGGAGUCGGCGCUCUUCGUGCUCAUGUCUUACGCCGCCUUCCUCAUCGCUGAAGUCUGCGAGCUCACUGGUGUAGUGGCGGUGUUAUUCUGUGGCAUAUGUCAGGCGCACUAUACAUACAACAAUCUGUCUGCGGACUCGCGCAACCGCACCAAGCAACUCUUCGAGCUGCUCAACUUCCUCGCGGAGAACUUCAUCUUUACUUACAUCGGCGUCUCCAUGUUCACAUUCCCUAAACACCACUUCGAUCCUUGGUUUAUCAUCGCUGGAUUUAUAACAUCGACUCUGGGACGAGCAGUCAACAUCUACCCGCUAUCGUUUCUGUUGAACCUCGGCCGCAAGCCGCCCAUACCUAUGAACUUCCAACAUAUGCUGUUUUUCUCCGGUCUGCGUGGUGCGAUGUCUUUCGCCCUGGCAAUACGUAACACGGUAUCAGAGGCUCGACAGGCCAUGCUGACCACCACCUCCCUCAUCGUGAUCGCCACCGUGGUGCUGCAGGGCGGCGCCGCCACACACGCGCUCGCAUACCUCCGGAUACCCACCGGGCAAGGACAAAACGAUGAAAAUGAGGCACUACCCUACCGUGAUGUAAGAAGCUGGGACACGAAUAGUGAUCUGUACCAGGCCACGGACACUGGCGGACCGAAUGGCAGCAUGGUAGUUAAGUGGGGCAAAGGAGACAGUGGAGUGAUAAUGCCUUGGCAACUAAAUAGACUCGCAGAGACGCCGCGCAGCGAGGGCGGGGAGAAGGCUCGGCUGGCGCGGCUGUGGGGCGCUGUGGACUCCAAGCUGCUUAAGCCGCUGUUGACGCACGCGCGGCCUCCGCUCACAGACACGCUGCCGGCGUUCUUCAGGCCCAUCGCCCGAGUGUUGACUACAACGCGCCAGUACACGCAAGGAGAGAAUAACCUGCAUAGAACUGACUCUGACUCGGACCUGUGCAUCGACGAGCCGCAGCCGGUGCCCGCCAGCAUCGACCCUCAGCUAUCUUAUAAUGUACGGAAUGGAUUCGGGAAUGUCUAAGCUUUUUAGCGAUAUAUCCCACGGCUGUGAUUUAAAAAAGGUUAAAUAGCAACAUUGUUUUAAUAGGAAAAAUUAUUUAUUUUUAAAAUGCACGCAGCAAUUAUGGCCCGGACUUGUGGACACUCGGAUCUCUGUUGAAGGUAUUACCGGCAGUAAUAUAUAAAUAUGAUGAUUUUACGUGAGAUGUGUCCGAUAUCCUCGAUACCACUACCCAGAGAAUGUUUGAACAUGUAUUUUCCUAAACAUAAACUAGACAAUUUAGUUAUAAUUUUAUUUAUUACAUCCAUUAUGUAUGCCAUCCAUAAAAUAAUAUUUGCAGUUAUAAGACGUUGAUCGAAGUUGUAAGAGCAAAAAAUCUAGGUAGUUUAAUUUAUGAAAAGUACGAAACGAAUAUUCUUUUUUGUAGAGUAUA